AUGAAUAUUCAACCAUAUCAUAGACCAAUUCAUAAGAAAUACGCAACAGAGGAAUCUCGGAGAUCCACAUAUUAUGAUAAGGAUAAUUGGCCUCUUAAAGAUCAAUCAUUCGUAGAGAAAUUAGUAGAAGCAGGAUUCUAUUAUACAGAGGACGAUGACGAUCCAUGGAUACAACACGCUAUGUGGAAUCCUAAUUGUAGUUAUAUUCAAUUAAAAAUGGGGGAAGAUUGGGGAGAUUUCGUCAAAAAGACGAUGAAGAUAAAGGAAAAUUUGUAUAGAACGCCUGCUAUUAAGACCAGAAGCAAUAUAACGGAAAUAGACUGGAAUACUCUUCUAGGCUUGGAUUUCACUAAAGAAUUACUAUUAUCAGACUUCCCGACUAGGGCUGUUAGAGACGCCCUUGAAUUACAGAUUUUGCUGAAGAAAACACCUUUCAUAUCCAGAAAUGACUGUAUUAAUACUUCCAAAUAUGACUCUUCCAUUAUAUCGCUAUACCGCUACCGGUAUUCGUUCACUCUUCCAUAUCCAGAGUACUCUUUUGAUGGUAGAUUUUAUAUUGAAUAUACCACGAAACAUAUCGACUGUAAGAUUACACAGGGUAAACCUGUCGGUAAUAUACCGAUAUAUAUGAGCGAUAUUAUAAAUAAGAUUAAAACAACUCGGAAAACAACAGUGGUUAAUAAGAAUGUAAACCAGUCUCUUGAAGGAAUUAGUGAUCAUGUUUCAUGUUUCCACUGUGGUGUCGGUCUUCGCAAUUGGGAAGAUGAUGAUGAUCCGUGGAAAUUACACGCCAUAUGGUCUGCCUCGUGUCAUUAUGUUUACUUGCAGAAGGGAGAAGCAUUCAUCAAUAAGGUUAGGAGAGAAUCUAACAUGCCAAUAUCCGGUAGUGUUGAUACCCUCACGGAGCACAACCUGAAUCAUCCAGUAUCUAGUAGUGUCAAUGCCGUCACGGAACACGAUUGGAAUCAUCUUUUGGGUCUGGAUUAUACCAGAAAAAUAUUAAUGCUAGGUUUUCCCACCGUUGCCGUUAGAGAUGCACUCCGAGAUCAAGUUAUACAAACUGGUAUACCUUUUUCAAGUGAAGUUGAAUGUAUUUCAGCUGUGUGCUCCCUACCUCCCCUUCUUUGGAAGACAUUUUGA